AUGGCAAGCCUGGCGUCAGACACCUACCUGGCUAAACUCCUGGAUGGGCUCAGCAGCCUUCGCAUGCAGAGUGCACUAUGCGAUGUGACACUGGAGGCAGAAGGGGUUUGCUUUCCAGCCCACAAGAUUGUUCUAGCUUCAGCAAGUAAUUACUGCAAGAUCCUGUUUGUUGGAAACUGGACCAGAGCGGGAAGCCAAGACAGUAAUAUCCGGCUGAAAGCUGUCAGUGCUGCUGGGCUGAGGAAUGUUCUCAACUUCAUUUACUCCAACAAACUAGACCUCUCAUUGCAGAAUAUUGAAGAGACCUUCAAAGCUGCAGAAACCCUCCUGGUUCGGGAGGUGAUCAAGCUGUGCUUCCACUUCCUAGAGGGUUGCUUGAACAAUGAGAACUGCACGGAUGUUCUUAAUAUUGUUAACAAACUUGGCCCAGCAGAGCUGAGACAGAAAGCCAUGUACUACGUAGGGCAGCACUGCAAACAGAUCCUGGCUGAUCCGCAGCGCUUGAAAGACCUGGACCGAGGAACCCUUUGUGAAAUUUUGGGCAGGACUGACACACAGGGAUGCAGCGAACUGGAGCUCUUCAGAGCUGCCAUGGGCUGGCUGCAGCAUGACUGCACACGGCUGAAAGAUGCAGCAGAGAUUUUAAGGCACAUAAGAUUCCCUCUCAUUCCUUUACAGGAUCUGCAGCGAUGUGUCCAGGAAAUGCCUCUUAUGAGGCUGGAUUCAGGCUGCCACAGGUACGUGCAGGAGGCUCUGAACUACCACUCCCAGCUGUAUGCUCAGCCAGUCCUGCAGACCCAGAGCACAAGCCUCCGUGCUGGUUCCACUGUGCUGCUUGUAGCUGGUGGGAGAACCACCACCAACCAUGUGUGCAGAGAGAUGUGGGCUGCAGACCAGAGCUGCAGCUCCUGGCACAAGGUCGGGGACCUCUGCAUGCCAGUGUACAACCACUGUGUUGCCAUCAUCAAUGACUUCCUCUUUGUCAUUGGGGGACAGAGCAAAUUUGAUCCCACUGGAAAGCAACCAUCAAAUGAGGUUUUCCGAUUCGAUCCCCGCAACACCUCCUGGCUCCAGGUCGCCAGCAUGCUGCAGCGGCGCACGCGCUUCCAUGCAGAUGUGCUGUUCGACUGCAUCGUCACCGUGGGUGGUGGGACACUGCUGGGGACCCUCACAUGCACGGUGGAACUGUACCAGCCCGCUGACAACAAGUGGGAGUUCACAGCUCCCUUCCCCAUGCCUAUUGCUGAUCAUGCAGGCACAACCCACAAGGGAAUCCUCUAUAUUUCAGGGGGCUUCUCUGGGGGUAAAACCUUAAGAGACACUUACAGCUACCUCCCUCGCCUCCGACGCUGGAUUUGCAAUAGUGCCAUGGCUUUCACCCGCUGUGAUCAUGGGAUGGCUACAGUCAGGGACAAGAUCUUUUGCAUUGGAGGAAGGACACUGAAAGGAGUGGAGGAAUGGAUUCAUGUCAAUGAGAUGGAGUAUUACUGUCCUGGAAGCAACCAGUGGACAACGCUGAAGCUGCCCCCAUUCAACUGCUUCCAGUUCAGCAUCUCAGCCCAUGACACUACACUCUACCUUGCAGGAGGUGGGGCCCUGCAGCACAUGCAGAAAGAAGACAGUGUUUUCCUGUACAACACAGCAGGGUGUGUAUGGAAGAAAGCCAGUCCCCUGCCUAAAGCUCUGGUGGAUCAUGCCUCUUGCAUGAUUAAACUGUCCCAAGUGAAUGCAGCCGGUGGGACAGGGACAGGCACCAAGUGCUUCCCUGCAGGCAGGAGGAAGAAAUCUGUCUUCAGCUUGCUUUUCACAAAGGAAUCAGAGUUCCACUCUGCCUCAGAGAAGAAGUAG